AGCAGGAACCCAGGCGGCCGCGAUGCCGAUGCCCUAUACUGCAAAAAUGUUCGGGCCGCUUACUAACGAUAGUCGCUGGCGGCCGCCGAACCCGACUCCAUAUCCACCCUUGUGUGGCUGAAUGGGCACGAAUUUUGUACUUACCAAUCAGCGUAUUAUAAACAGAUAUGAUUUAGCUUGAACAAGACCGAAUCUUCGAAUCACAGAUCGGCAUCUUUUCAGGAACUGAGCCGGAGGGUUGCAUGUCCCCUUUUCGGAGAACCAUGGUCCAUACCCUUCUUCUAUAAAGUCUUCCGUUCCUAGAUUCCUCGUUGAAGAGGAUCAGGCUACCUUCUACUGCUAUAUCUGUCAAGUAUGGCAUCCAAACCCACAGUCAUCAUCAUCGGCGGCUCAUUCGCAGGACUGGGUGUUGCCAAAUCCCUGUUGACAGAACUGCCGUCAGUGAAAGUGAUCCUGAUCAACCCUUCCGAGAAGGCCUUUUUUUGUAUUGCUGCGCCGCGCAUCUUCGCAGAUCCAGACUCCUUCGCACCCAAUCAGUACCUCAUUGACAUAAAGGACACUUUCCAAAAGUACCAGUCCAGCAGGUUCGAGUUCGUGCAGGGUUCGGCGACCACGAUUGACCCCACUUCGAAAACUGUGUCCGUCUCAGAUACGAAUGUGACUCUUCACUACGAUAUUCUGGUCAUCGCCUCAGGCAGUACCACAGCUUCGGCAAUUGGGAAGGAUAGUGCUGUGGUACUUUUCAAGUCAGCGAACACCGAGGAUAUCCAGAGCUUGAUCCGAUCCGGCCAGGAAGAAAUUGCGAGCGCGAAAACGUUUCUUAUAAUAGGUGGUGGGCCUGUUGGGGUAGAGUUCGCUGGGGAGCUUGCAGAGGCUGUCCAGGGCAGGGCCGGCGCCAAAGUGAUCUUGGUUACCCAGUCUGAUCGUCUUCUUUCCCCACUGAAGGAGACCGCGUCUACCAGAGCAAGACGUCUCUUGGAAGAUAAGAAUAUCAGCGUCCAGACUCAACGCAAGGUACUGCACGUCGUGCAAGACUCGAUCACCAAGAAAUGGACUGCUACAUUCGAUGAUGGCGAUGAACUCACAGUGGAUCUUUGCAUCUCAACGACUGGGGUUUUGCCGAACAAUUCAUUCAUCCCUGCUGAAUUUCUCUCCGAGAGUGGCUGGGUGAAAGUCAACGAUGCAUUCAAGGUGCAGAAUGGCACCAACCAAACAGUAGAUUCUGUCUACGCUGUGGGAGACAUCACAACAUAUCCAGACCGUCUGGCCUCCAAGAUUCGGGAACAGGUCCCCAUCGUCACAGCGCAUAUAAAAGCUGAUAUCGCGGGCAGCGGUGCGCGGCCCACAUACGCAGCGAAGGGCUCCCUGAUGAUGCUAGUGCCUGUCGGUAGAUCCGGUGGUACUGGACAGCUGUUUGGCUGGGCUCCCUGGAGUUGGCUCGUGUCUAGGAUUAAGGGUAAGGAUUACUUUAUCUCACAGGCGGCUAGCUUUCUGGGCGGUAGUUAGACCUGGAACUUGGAGUUGUAUUAUAUUCCCCAUUUUGCUAUUUGUUUUGUUGUUUACCGCUUUGUUUGAUGUACGUCGCGAGCACUUCUGCUAGAUUAA